AUGAACCAGCCUCUUCCCACGACGAAGCCACCUGUUCUGACCCGAGUUCAACAUCCUCCCCUCCUUCCUCAGAACAAGCUGGGGCGCUGCCUGACCCGCAAGACGCUACACCGCCGCCUGCCCUGCCUCACCUGGAUGAGGAGCUACAGCAGCGACUGCAUCCCCGGCGACCUGCUGGCGGGCUUCACCGUAGGCCUCAUGAUCAUCCCACAGGCCCUCGCCUACGGGAUCGUGGCCGGACUCACGCCCAAUUAUGGGCUCUACUCUGCUUUCUGCGGCUGCCUCGUCUACUUCCUGCUGGGGUCGACCAUGGAGCUCAACUUGGGCCCCACGGCGAUCAUGGCCCUCAUGACGAUGCAGUACAGCCAAGGGGGCCCAGAGUACGCCGUGCUUCUGUGCUUCACCUCGGGGGUCAUCGAGCUCGUGGCCGGAAUCAUCAACCUCGGUUUCCUCAUCAAUUUUGCAACCCGGGCGAAAGUGGGCGCCGUGCGCUGGCCGUGCGUGGACCGCUCCAGCCGCGCCGUGGGCCAGCGGGUGCUGCGUCAGACCAUCUUCUUCACGUCGGUUGGCCGCAACGCCGUCGUGGUCGUCGUCGCCUCCCUCAUCGCCUUCAUGCUCGACGGCGACGACCAGCCCUUCACGCUCACUGGUUUCGUCGAGCCGGGUAUCCGGCCUUUCGCCCUCCCGCCCUUCAGCAUCGAGGCCAACAACCAGACAAUCACCUUCACCGACAUCAUGUCCGACGUGGGCGUGGGCGUGGUCAUGAUUCCGUUCAUUGCUAUUCUCGACCAGAUCGCCGUCGUGAGCGCCUUUGCGAAAGGAAGGACGUUCGACGCCACGCAGGAGAUCAUCGCGCUCGGGGUCGCCACCAUCGCCGGCUCCUUCUUCAGGUCGAUGCCCAUCACAGGCUCUCUUUCCCGUACCGCUGUCAACCUCUCCAGCGGGGUUAGAACGCCGGCAGGAGGUCUGGUCACGGGCGUCAUGGUGCUGCUGGCCCUGACCUUCCUCACGCCCUGCUUCGCCUUCAUCCCGAAGGCGACGCUGGCGGCGGUGAUCAUCUGCGCCGUGCUGCACAUGGUGGACUACGAGGUGCUCCUGCCGCUGUGGAGAAGCAAGCGCAUUGACCUCAUCCCUCUGAGCGUGACCUUCGUGGCCUGCCUCGUGUGGGGCCUCGAGUGGGGUAUCCUGGUGGGCAUCGGGGUCAACCUCUCCAUGCUGCUGUACUCCAUCGCCACGCCCACCGUCAAGGUCACGACCGUCCUUCCCAACAAGCAGCAUGGCGGCUACGUGCUGGUGACGCCCUCGCACGGGGUCAGUUACCCGAGCACCUCCCACAUCCGCGCCGCCGUCAGGAAAGCGGGACUACGGCAGGCUGGAGGCUCCUUGCCCAUCGUCAUUGACUGCACGUUCAUUGAUAUGGCGGAUUAUACGUCUGCCAAGGGCAUCAAGGGCAUGAUCGAGGACUUCCAGAGACGAGGUCAAGUCCUGGUGUUCGUCGGCCUCAAACCGCGCGUCAUGGAGACCAUCAGCGCUCUGCACGAAGGCGUCACUGUGUGUCCUUGCUUCGAGCAGCUGGACGAAAUCCUGGCAGACGGCCAGACGGAGGAGACGCUCGGGGCUCUGAACGGCGGCGAGAGGAAUGUAGGGGGCGUGGUCUUGUCGAGCAUGAUAGCUACGCCCACUUCCGACACCAGCGAGGCGGCCAACCCACUGCUCUCCACCACCACUUUCCAUGAGCAUAAAUAACCCCCUUCUCAUAAGGGGCAACUGACCCCCUCCCGGCCUCCCACUAUAGCCCCCGCCCGCACGCCAUUACAAAGCAUAUUCCAGUUUCAUGUUUUUGGAAUGCAACUUUUUCUAAUGAAUUAAAAAGCUCGCGGGAUGGAAAAGCGUGCUGGAAAAGGUUAUGUGAAUUUAGUAAUAUAUUUUGUACCAAGGCUUCUCUAGCUUGGGGAAUUGGAUACUAGUUAAGCCUGAGGAAGACGAUUGGAAUGGCGUUUGCGAUAUUGUUUACGUGUUACAGUUUGGCAAAUUUUACCAGAGUCAUUGCUAGAAAACGAUAAGCAGAGCAAAGGCAAGUAUCUGACUGGAGUCUUGGCCACUGGAGGUCUAUCCUCAAACCGCGCGUUAGCAGAUGAGGACCCAGCUGUGUAGUAAGAGGUCGUGAACCCGCUGUAUGGUGAAAGGGCCUAGCUUGGCUGUGGUGAAGGGGCGUGGCUCGGCUGUGGUGAAGGGGCGUGGCUCGGCUGUGGUGAAGGGGCGUGGCUGGGCUACUUGGACGGGGUGUGAUGAACAAGGUCUCAGCGAAGAGCCAAGAACGUGAACAUGAACAUUCCUCACUAUGUCACGAACUUGAUGCAAUUUAUAUAUACAUGUAUAAAAAUCCUGUUGUCCUUAGGAAGAAGGAAUGCAUGUUAUUGGAUAGCAAUAAGGGUACCGUUUCUUUAUGAAAGGAAAAUAAGGUGUUGGCCUUAGAGGGAUAUUUAAAUUCCAUAGGUAUGAGGGCCUUGGAUUCCGGCUAAGAAGCGAUUAAUUUUGUAGUUUAAUCAUACCUUCCUGAAAUUCACUACAAAUCGUCACUCAAACGACGAUAUUUAUAAGGUAAACGAACACAUUGAAAGAGAAAGGACUUCAUCAUACAUAUAUAUUUUUCUCAUGUCAUUUAGAGAGAGUAGAUCCAGAGUCAAUUUUGAGGCUUAGGUAUACUACUUUUAGAUUUAUUUCGUUUUAAAGAAUAUUGAGAAAAAAAUACUUUAUCUUGCACAGGGCCCCAGAAGCCUUACCAUAAAUCAAAUAUUACAAUAAAAUGAAUAUUGAAAAAAGUCACAGGGAAGAAAAUAGAAAUUGAUUAUAGAGAUGUCUCAGUUCGUUUAGAGAACGUCUUUCUUUUCAGUAGGGUGUUAGAAGUGUUUGAUAGUUUAGAAUUCCAUGUUUAGACAUUUCCCCCGGAAGUGCAGAUCCUGUUUUUCCGUCUAAACUAAUUUCCCCCUCGGUCUUAUCCUCAGUACCUCUCCUUCCCUCGUAGACGACGGUCGCCAACAUAUCUUGAUCACGGUGUCUUACUCUUUCCCACUCUGAGCCACUCUGUCUUAGCAGGGAAAGCUCGCUUCUGAUUUAGAAGUAACUUGAGCUAGUUUGAACUGUUCACUUUCUUUUCCUUCUGCUUUCUUUUAUUAAUCUUUUUCCUCCUAACUUUCAAGGUGUGUCCUCGCUUGUUACCGGUGAUGACUCGUCAUUUGAGAGUCUUAACGAUUAGGAGACAAAGGACACACAUCUUCUGCAUGAAUCUUAUAGUUAGACAUUUUUUGAGGUGCCAAAAAGUCAGUAAAUAUAUGUGUCACAUGCUAUUUCAUCUUGUUGUUAUACUAUGUGUCACCAUUUUUUGCUAUCGACUACAUAGUAGUGAUGGCAGUGAGAGGGGCAGGUUAUACGUAGGCGCAUAUUCAUGGAUUAAAUAGUUAAUGGAAUCUUUUUAAAAUUUGGAAUAAUUGAGCAAUUGAGAGUUAAAAGGAGAUGUUACGUUUUCCGCCUCGUUGUGCCUUCACCUUUCUCUCUAACUGCCAUUCAGAAUGGUUCUUAACAGAUAUUGUUGUUGAGAUUGUAGAUUCUGGUUGUUUAUGGUUUACAGAUUGGUUGAGGUUUUGUAUUUCUUUGUGGAUAUCACACUUUACACAUCGUCAGUAGAGAACCCCAAAUGAGACCAUACGAGAACUUGGUCUGGUAGCCUGUGUUCUUCCAGCAAUUAGAGAGAUUUGAGGUGUCCUGUUUGUGGUGGAGAGUCAGGUCGCGACUUUCGUAGAAAACGGGUCGACUUUUUUGUACUGGUGGUGGUAAUAGAACGAUUCGUUCCUGCUGUCAAAGAGUGAGGUAUUUUUGUCGUAAGUAAAAGAGGAUAUAUAAUUUACAGCAAUUAGAGAAAAUGUGAACAUCAGAGAUUGCUAUAUUCCGCUGUACAGUUAGAAUAAAUAGGUCGAUUUUUUCUCUGUUGGUGAAGACCUUCUACUGAUGAGAGAACAAAUUGACUAAAUUCUUCCACUAUCUUUACGGACGGAAAAAGUUAACCUUAAGCUUAGGUUCACCCUCACUUAUCCACAAUUCUAAACAAAAAGAGAAAAUAGCAAGUGUACCUUAAGCCGUAUUCGUUAACCUCGAAAAAAGACUAAAUAAUAAAUAAACGACUGAAUGACUACGCAGAUAAGACGAUUUGAGCAGAAUGGUUCAUAGGUUACCGCCAGCAACGUAAAGGGGAGAUGUUGUGACGAGACAAUGUUAGUCAUGAUCGUCGGAAUAUUUUGUUUUACAUUAAUAGAGACAAGGUGUAGGUUAGUAUCCUAUUGUGGACAUGUCGAGAUUAAGGAUUCUUGAGAUUGAGAUUAGUGAU